AUGGCCAAGAAGCCCAGCACCAAAAAGUCGGUCCUGCUUGAGGAGAUCUUCUCUGGAGCCAUCGGCUUUCUCGAAUCCUGCCCCGGCGUGCACGAGGUCAAGCUCUGCAGCCGCAAUAACUCGCUCUCGUCGUACCAUUUUCUGGCGUGGGAACGCGACCACCCAGGCAUCGCCCUGCCCAGCGAUCUCAAGGCCUUUCUGCAAAUCACCGACGGCAUUCUGCUCGGAUGGUCCGUCAAAUUCAGUCACCAGGAGGCCUUCCAGCUCGGCGCCAUCCACAUCAACGCUCUCGAGCGGCUGGUUCGUGUGGACUCGCCGCGCCGCACUGCGGAUGGGUCGGCUCUGGACCAUCCGUACUUCCAGCCGCUCUCCAAGCCGCCAGGGCCAUCUUUUGUCUUGCAAGAAUGCCGGGGAUACGGUCGUGUGUGUCUUUGCUAUAUGCACACGCCUCCGCGAUACAACUACUCGCCGAGCUCGGAAUCCCUGAAGGACGACCCCGCACAGGCGACCGGUACCACCGGUACCGCUGGUGCCCCCCAGCCCGACGGCGAGUCCAGGGCCCAACCGGUCGUCCAGGUCUGGUUCCAGGAGACCAAGCCCGGUGAGGGUGCUGGCUCGUGGUUCCGCAUCGCCAAGAGCUUCACGGCCUACUUUCGGCUGAUGAUCGAGCACAUGGGGAUCCACGGCUGGCAGCUCGCCUUUACGGACUCGGGCCUGCCCCCGGCGGUGCUGGACUGGAUGUGCUUCUACGUGCCCGCUCGAGCCAAGAUGUACCGCCAGCACCGG